GCCGCUUUCUGAGAAGAUUAGCCUCUUUAGUGAGUAGAAGGAAGUGAAAAUAAGAUUUAUAAAAGAGAUGAACAUGGCAGAGAAGAACAGUGCAAAAAAGGCGGACAAAAACUGUCAAGGAGCCGAUGACAAUGACAAGAUGACAACGACCGAGUACUGCGCGCGGCUGCAGCAGUGGAUGUGGCGCUACUACAACGGCUAUGUUAGCUGGCAGAGCUGGGUGUUGAUGUCCGCGCCGCUCUUUCCUCCGCCUCAGUUCGGUUGCCAGGCACCGGGCAGCUCCGCAUCCGUGUAUCCCACAACGCCGGCGGACAUAGCCACCUGGUACAACCAAAUGAGCAGCCCGGGAGCCAUUCGUCCAGCAGACACCGCCACAUCCAGCACUGCGGACAGAGAAGCAGCACAGCCCGCAGGUAGAGAAUACACUAUACCCUCCCCUCUACGCAGAUUUCUGGCUGAGACUGUUGAUUUCUUUAUUCUCUUCUGUGUAAAGGCAACCAUAGUGUUGUGGAUCAUGCAUCUCUGUGGAAUGAAAGAUAUUUCCAAAUUCAUAAUGCAGUUUAUAGUGGAAGAGAUUGAUGAGAACACGUCGUUGGAGGACCUGCAAAAGAUGAUGGUCGUGGCUUUAGCAUACAGAGUCCUGGUGUGUGUUUAUGAAAUCAUCUGUAUUUGGGGAGCUGGAGGUGCCACUCCAGGAAAGUUUCUUUUGGGUCUUCGAGUCGUCUCAUGUGACACAACAGUCCUGGUGCAACCGAAUCGGGUUUUGGUGGUACCAGCAUCCACUGUCAGCUUAUCUGCCUCCACAGUACGGGCCUUAAACAAAAACUUCUCCAUCGCGUUCCUGUUCCCAAUCUUUAUCACACUACUCUUUUUCCAGCACAACAGAACUGUUUAUGAUGUUGUGGCUGGAACUAUCGUGGUUCAGAGGAGAUCGAGAGCCAGAUGACCAUCCUAUGAAAACUGCUCCUGUCAAGCUUUUUAACAGCUUCUCAGUAUUUAAUUGAAAUAUAUCAUGAGAGUAUGCACUGCUGAUUUGCACUAAUAACCCAUGUAUCAUAGCUAAUGUUUACAGCACUAAGAAAUAUCAGUUUUCUUAGAGAUGUUCGUCAGUUUCAUGCUGAGUGAUAUAAAGACACAUGUUUUUAUGUAGACAUGCUUGAAAAUGAGUGGAAUGUUUCACUUUAAACAGCAGUUUAAUCCACAAGUUUUUCAUAACUUCAAGCUUUAGAGCCCAGACGAGUCUGUUAUUAAUCUUAGCAAAGGCAAGGAAUUAGGUUCGGCAUUCAUGGCGUAUCCUUUUGCUGUCCGGAAUGUUCCACUCCUGUUGUCAAGUCAGAUAUAAGCCUCACUACAUUUCUCAGGGUUUCUGAAAACGGUCUUUAUGUGUCCUGUUUUUCAGAGUUGAGUAUGAUAUUUUGAAACACGCAUUAUCUGCCCUUCAGUAUUCCCCAUGCCAAACACAUCAGUUUUGAUUUGUCAUUGUGUAUGGUUCAUAUAUAUUCAAUAUCGGGACGAGAAUGUUUGAU